AUGCUCAUAGGAAUAGCAAAUAUGAAGAAGAAGUGAAGAGCGUUCACAGGAAAACAAUGAGUUGAGGGGUUGAGACCUACUUUCUCCUGUCGUAUUAAAACAAUUGAUCUCUUGCAAUCAUGACAAAUGAGGUCAAAAUCUCUAACUAAACCAGGAAUAUUAAUAGGUCUACCAGCUAUUAGAGAGUAACCGUUGGUGCGUCGUGCUAGUAUUGAUUAAUAGUCUAGGGACCUACGUUACGAGAACGCACUAUUGAUUUGAGCCUCAAUGCUGUCGGAACGGCUAUUCAUUCACUCCCUGUCGUUACUUGUCUGGAUUGUAUACUGCUUUUUUUCCAGCAGAAAUACCCUUCUUAAGACUGUGUAGACUACACCAUCAAGAUGGCAGAGACUGCAAAGAAUGGCCGAGCUUCUGGUCUUGAGGAGUCCAAUGAUACAGGCUCGGAUAAGGUGGUGUUGGCUCGUUCAUUAGGAUUAAAGGAAUGCGUUAGCAUGGUGAUGGGUAUCAUCAUUGGAACUGGUAUCUUCAUCUCACCUAAAGGUGUCCUUGCUGGAGCUGGAGGCUCACCAGGAUGGUCGCUGAUCAUGUGGGUUAUAUGUGCCGUCAUAUCACUGUUUGGAGCUCUGUGCUAUGCCGAGCUUAGUACGACCUUCAAGAAGUCUGGGGGCGAGUUUACUUUCAUCUUACAAGCUUUCGGACCUCUGCUGGCAUUCCUCAGGAUGUGGACCUAUCUCUUCAUCAUCCUCCCUGCUGUAGCCAUCGUACAAGGGAACACCAUCGCGAACUACAUCACAGCACCAUUCUUUAAUGAUUGUGAAGAGGUACCCACUCAUGCUCUUAGGUUGAUGGGCAUGGCCGUCAUCUUCAUGUUGGCGUUCAUUAACGCGAUCAGUGUGAAGUUAACUACUCGACUGGUCAACAUCCUAACCGUGGCUAAAACAGUGGGUCUUAUCGUCCUAAUCAUCUCAGGACUCGUCUACCUAGCUAAAGGACAUACACAGUAUCUGAAUCCUGAGAACUCGUUUAAGAUGAGCUUACCAUUGAACAUCCCUCUGGCUAUCUUCGCUGGUAUCUUUGCCUUCGAUGGAUGGGAAUCAGUCAAUACGAUUGUCGAAGAAAUCAAAAAGCCAGAAAGGAAUGUACCUCUGGGUAUUGUGAUAUCUCUGUCUGCUGUGACAAUCAUCUACCUGAUGGCAAACAUAGCUUACUUCACCCUCCUCUCACCGGCUGAAAUCCUCGCGUCUAAUGCGGUCGCUGCGGAUUACAGCGUUUUAGCCCUAGGAAAUUGGUCCUGGACCAUUUGGGUCUUUGUGGCCUUAUCUGCUAUGGGUAAUCUCAUUGGUAGUUGGUUCGGAUUCAGCAGAAUGUUCUAUGUGGCAGCACGAGAGGGCCUCCUACCCAGCGUUGUUGGAAUGAUCAGUGUCAAACAUCGUACUCCAAUACCAUCAGUUAUCAUCGUGUUACCGAUAACGUUAAUUUACCUGAUGUUUGAUGACGUCAUAGCUCUGAUCAACUACAUGCUGUUCGUGAUCGUAGCCUUCAUGGCUCUCACGGUGCUCAUCAUCCCGUAUUACAGAUGGAAACAUCCUAACAUGGAGAGAACACUUAAGUUACCUCUGGUGAUACCAAUCAUCUUCAUCUUGGUGAUCCUGUUCCUGAUGGGUCUCUCUGUCUACACGGAUCCCUUUAGUGCUCUGAUAGGAACAGCUCUCACCGUAGCAGGAAUACCAGUCUACUUUGUGGGUUGUGUUUGGAACAAGCCUGUCUGGUUACAAGAAAAGAUUGUCGCAUUGAACCUCAUACUUCAGAAGUUUUUCUUCGUGGUUCCUCAAGAGAAAGAGAUGGUCUCAGAGUCUGAUGAUGAUGCUGAUGAUAAGGUUUCUAAAUCUAACGGCUACAGAUCAGCAAAAGAAUUUGAAGACGUUCCUCUCAACUGAAACCUUCUCAGACCAAGGAAAUACAAAGUUUUGCUUUGUUGGAGUGACCUAAU